ACCCCCACCCACAAAACUCCUUUAUCUUUUUUCCUUCUUUAUGAUCUCUUUUUCUCUGCAACUCUCUAUGAUGAUGUGAUUCUCCACCCACAUACACUCACCUAAAGAAUUCAGCAAAACUUUUGCAAAAGAUAGAAAGCAUAGCCAUGGUCUUCCCCUCCCUUCCAAUCUAUCAAGAUCCACCCAACUGGUCACCACAGCAAGGAGGAAUUGGUAUUGGUACUCAAAAUCCAUCACCUCUGCAGCAGCCAUCAGCUUCAACGGUGAUUGUUACUGUUGAAGCUGAUGGCAGCUACCAAGGGUCUAUAAGACAAGGAUCAAUGACCGAUCAAGCUAAGAUGUCCAAGAUACACCAAAAUGAUGUUGCUGCAACACAAAAAUGUCCAAGAUGUGAAUCAACAAACACAAAGUUUUGCUACUACAACAACUACAAUCUCUCACAACCUCGCCAUUUUUGCAAAACUUGUCGUCGUUAUUGGACUAGAGGAGGUGCACUUAGAAAUGUUCCUGUUGGAGGUGGUUGUAGAAGGAAUAAUAAAAGAAGCAAAGGAAAUUCAAUAUCAAAAUCAACUUCAAAACCUAAUCGUAAUGAUCAUCGCCUAGUAGGUACUGGUGGUGGUGGUGGUGGUUCUAGCUCAGUAAGUGCAAAUUCUUCUUCUAUUAAUGGUUGCACUAAUUCUAAUGUGAAUGUGGGGAUCUCUCAUUUUCCUACACAAUUCCCAUUUUUGGCCUCUUUGCAUCACUAUAACAACAAUGACUAUGUUUCUCAAGGCAUUGGUCCUAUGGUGACAAAAAAUAUUACCAAUAGUACUAAUACUAGUGUUGAGUUUCAACUUGGUAGUGGUUUUUCAAUUGGUAAUACUACUAAUGGUGGAUCUUUGUUGUUAUCAAAUGGCAUUGGUGAACAAUGGAAGUUUCCGAAUUCGCUACAAGUUCAUCAGCAACAACAGCAAGAGAAUCACCAACAAUUCCCUUUCUUGACUAGUUUGGAGCCACAAAUUGGAUUAUUUCAGUUUGGUGGAGAAAAUAAUGAUGAAACUCAAAGAAAUUUUAUUCGCUCUAAGGCAACGGAUUCUUCAAGUGUUAGUAUUGGAAUGAUGCCUCAAGUUAACAUAGUAAAAAUGGAAGAAAAUAAUUGUCAAGGGUUGAGUUUGUCAAAAAAUCUCUUGAGUGGUUUAGGAAAUAGUAAUGAUCUAUUUUGGAAUGGAAAUGGAAGUGGUAAUGCAAAUGCAUGGAAUGAAUCUCCUAGUUUCACUCCAUCACCAAGUCAAUUGUUAUGAUCCUCAUAAUCUAGUAUUUUAGGUUCCUUAAGGAGCCACAUAUUUUUAUGAUCAAAGGUAUAAUUUAAGAGUUAGAAUCCUCUUAAUCACUUUCUAACUAUGGAAUUUUUUGAAAUUCCACCUAUUAAUUAUGUGUGUAGAAUCACAACACUUUGUAUUUUAUCAAUUAUAUGCAACUUAUAUUUAUCGUUCUAAAGUGUGGUUGUUAUUAGUUGCAGUUGUGGUUACACUGCAAACCUUGAUAUUACGGUAAAAUGCAGGCAAUUAGCUACGGGGUGAUUUUGCUGCAAUUGUGAUGUCAUUGCGGAGACCUCAAAAAUCUUUAGGCUAUGGCUGCAAUUGUUGUUGCUUACAAUUUAGAAUUAUGCUUAUUAUAUUUA